UGUUCCCUUCCACCAAUCCGCAGUUGGGCACGCACUCACGUAGUUCUGAAAUCUCAACGAAAACCUCUGUAAAAAUUCCCUUACACUUAAGAAGACUGAAAGCAACCGGGAAAACGAAAGAAAGAUGAGCCCAAUCAGUGCGGAAGACAAACUAAACUAUGUAAAGUCCAAGAUUGGCGAGUAUCCCAACUUCCCCAAGGAGGGCAUUCUGUUCCGCGAUAUUUUUGGUGCCCUAACCGAUCCCAAGGCCUGUGUUUACUUGAGGGAUUUGCUGGUGGAACACAUCAGGGAAAGCGUUCCCGAGGCGGAGAUCAUCGUGGGUCUGGACUCCCGGGGCUUCCUCUUCAAUCUCCUUAUAGCCACCGAGUUGGGUGUGGGAUGUGCCCCCAUUCGCAAGAAGGGAAAACUGGCUGGAGAGGUGGUUUCCGUGGAAUACAAACUGGAGUACGGCAGUGACACCUUCGAGCUGCAGCGUUCUGCCAUUCAGCCAGGCCAGAAAGUCGUAAUCGUAGAUGAUCUACUAGCCACAGGUGGUUCCCUAUUCGCUGCCUCCGAACUUGUCCGCAAAGUGGGCGGCAUUGUGGUGGAAAGCCUGGUCGUUAUAGAACUAGUUGGCCUGGAGGGUCGCAAAAAACUGGAUGGAAAAGUGCAUUCCCUCAUUAAGUACUGAGAGUUAAUCAGUAAUCAGAGUUCAUGACAAAUACCUUCCACAUUUGCAUUUACCUAUUACCUCUCUCGAUGGGACUUUUCAGCUAGCGAAUUUUUAUAAAAACUUUGAAAUGUUAUUAUUUUACGAAACAGAGGCAUAUUUUUAUAACAGAAUAUAUUUGGAAUUGAAAACGGAA